GACGCGCUCAGUGGGCGCCUGGGUGUGCGCGCGGGAAGAUGGCUGAGCAGCUGUCGAAGUCUGUGCUCUUCGUGUGUCUGGGUAACAUCUGUCGGUCACCCAUUGCAGAAGCAGUUUUCAGAAAACUUGUAACUGAUCAAAAGCUUUCAGAUCAUUGGAGGAUAGACAGUGCAGCGACAUCCACGUAUGAAAUAGGAAACCCUCCUGAUUAUCGAGGGCAGAGUUGCAUGAAGAAGCAUGGUAUCCCCAUGAAUCACACUGCCCGGCAGGUUACCAAGGAAGACUUUGCCACAUUUGAUUAUAUACUAUGUAUGGAUGAAAGCAAUCUGAGAGACUUGAAUAGAAAAAGUAAUCAAAUUAAAAACCGCAAAGCUAAAAUUGAACUACUUGGGAGCUAUGAUCCACAAAAUCAGCUCAUUAUUGAAGACCCCUAUUAUGGGAAUGAGUCCGACUUUGAGACUGUCUACCAGCAGUGUGUGAGGUGCUGCAGGGCCUUCCUGGAGAAGGCCCGCUAAUGCCACGCCCGUUCUCCCCACAGCCCCCGGCUGGGCCCCGCAGGCUCUGCUGUGAGGUCGCAGCUGUUUCUUCAGUUGACCCUCGGUUUCUCACCUUAAAUAAUUGUAGAUGGAAAUCAGUUAUUGUAUCUGACAGACAAAUAAAUAAAAAUGUUUCAUCCAGACAGUUUAUGGGGUACGCGAAGUGUUCUUAGACCCGCUGAACCUCCCACUUUGCCCCAGUUACAAAAAUAGUGGAACAAACAAAAUCAAACAGGCACCAGAGCAUGAGGACAUCCAGCGUCCCUUUCGGGCACACGAGUUCUGCCUCUUCCUCAAGUUUGCAGACGACCGAUGGGGACCCUGUCCUCCGCUGUCUGCACAAGCCAGCCCCAGCAGCCCAUCCACGGGAGCUCCCAGCCGAGACUCACCCUUGCUCGCAGUGCACACUGUUUACAUAGAAGAGUUAAGGUGUUAGUCUGCAGAACCUUUCCGACCUGCUAGUUUAUUUCAUCAGGAAGUCAGCUUGAUUCCAUUCGAACCAUUUUUUUUUUUUUUUUAAAGAUUUUAUUUAUUUAUUUGACAGAGAGAGCGAGA